UUAAAAAUUGAAAAUUUUGAUAAACAAAAAUUUUACUUAGUAAAAGAUCUAGCUUUUUUAUUUAGCAGAUAACUAUGUCGCUAAAAUACAAACGAAUUUGCAUAGAAUAAACUAUUGUUUUACUUGUUUCCAAUUAGAAUCUAACUAGACUACGUUGGAAUUCACAGACAUUUUAACAUAUUAUUGCAAGAAAUAAUAAUAAAAUGCGAAUGCGUUAACUAUUGUAAAUGCAAACAUUACACACUCAGCAUGCCGACCUUCUUAACACCAGGCCGGCACGGCUAUAGUGUCCGUUUUUCAAGAACAAGACCUGAUGCUUUAGCUGUAGCGACUAGUCAGUACUAUGGGUUAGCUGGUGGAGGCACAUUAUUUUUCCUUGAGAUUGCACCAGAUGGUUCCACAAUAGUGGAAGUACAAAAACUAGAGUGGACUGAUGGAUUAUUUGAUGUUACAUGGUCGGGUACGUCAGACGGUGUCGCGGCAUGCGGUUCAGGCGAUGGCACGAUUAUCGUAUGGCGUGUGGGAUGCGCCGCGCCCCUGCGAGUGUUGCGCGCGCAUCACAGUGAAGUCUGUUCUGUUGAUUGGAUGCGAACGCAUUUGCUAAGCGCCAGUUGGGAUACUACGGUCAAAUUGUGGGACCCCGAAUCGGAAACAUGUCUCAACACAUUCGCGGGUCAUUCCCAACUGGUUUACACGGCGGCGUUCUCCCCUCACUCACCAGCGACUUUUGCGUCGGUGUCGGGUGAUGGUCAUCUCAAACUGUGGUCCUGUACGGAAUCCUCAAGGCCUGCGGCGGUCGUCAAAGCCCACGAUGCUGAGGUGUUAUCCUGUGACUGGAGUAAGUCGGAAAGCCACGUGGUAGCAACGGCUGGUUCUGACGGACUCAUUCGAGGCUGGGACCUUCGGAGACUGACUGCGCCUAUGUUCACUCUUAAAGGUUGUGAAUGUGCGGUUAGGAGGGUUCAGUUUUCGUCGCAUGCGCCGUCGAUAGUAGCGGCUGUGUCAUACGAUUUUACUACAAGGAUAUGGGACUUAAAACGCGGCUGUGAUCCAUUAGAAACGAUAAGACACCAUUCGGAAUUCACAUACGGCCUCGACUGGAAUACGUUGAGGCCGCACCAGAUCGCCGAUUGUGGGUGGGACUCUUUGGUUCACGUUUUCACACCGAGAUCGCUCGUCUGAAGAGCCAGAGAUGUGGCUGUUGUGAAUAUAGGCUGUGGUUAAAUGUGAAUGACAGUGACAUAUUCGGUAUUGAUAACUGUCAGAUAUUAGUGCAUUGUAAAAACCUUGAUUGGGAAUACUAAUUAAAUAAACGUGUUCAUAUCUUAAAGAAAAUCAGUGGUUAGCUUAGUAAUGAUUUUGCACCCGAUUCCAAUAUUCGUACGUAAUUUUGCCGUGUUUAUUCCAGCCAUUUAGAUUAUAGAUCGCAGUUUUAAUUAAAUUUUUAAUGUUGACAACAUUGUAGUUGGACAUAUUGAUACUUAAUAUUAAAACCAUAUUAAUAGUAUCUAUUUACGAAUUAUUGAGUAACACGGCUGUCAUGUUGACUACUAAAAACAUGAUUUAUAUGCAACGGUUUUGGAGGGAAAUUUCAAAAUGUCAGGUGAACAAGUGACAUUUUAGAUUCUUCUAGGCACAGAUAUUGCAAUUUACUUAAACAAUUUUAUCAAGUGUUACAUGUUAAAUGUUUUUUUUUUAAUUAUCCUACAAAAAAGUUUAAGAAAAUUAUCUCCCAAUGUUAUUUGUUUGAUGGUAUUACUCUCUACUAAAAUAUAUGCCAUAUUUAAGAAUUCAAGAUAGUACAACUUCCUUUAUAUAAAAAAUAUAUUUCCUUCAAGAGCAUACCAAUUCUCAAAAGACCAGCAACGUAUCCGCGAUCCCUCGGGGAAUAACAGUGUCUAUGGGAGGCAUCAUUUAACAUUAGGUGAGCUUCCUACCCGUUUUCCCUAUAAAAAUAUGCGUACAGCUCCGUUACGCUGAUUUUUUUUAUAUUUUUACGACAGUGCUUGUAUUACGUAUACUAUGUUUAUUUGCUCAACGCAGGAAUUGUAUAUAAUCGUAUUGUUAUGUAUAUAAUGUGAAUACUUUAAACAUAAGGGAUAAAUGUACUGUAUAUUGUGUUAAGAAAUAUAUUGUUUUGUUAAUUCUCCAAAUAUUAAAUAAAAAUAUAAUUCGA